AGAAGUUUUGAGCUGCAGUCUGUUUUCAGAGGUAAAGUCGUCCUUCAAUCUUAUUUUCUCUGAAUGCGUUUACCCGAUGCAUUUCUUUCUGACAAAACUAUCAGUCUUCAUUCAAAUAUGUUGACGGCGCCAGACUCCCGGGGAACGACAGGAGAAAGGAGCCACGGUCAAAUAAACCAAGACCCAUUCAACGCUGAAUUUACCAAGACACUGACAAAAAGCAGCCCACGCUUUGGGGCCUUGAGUCACCACUCAUUCUUCUCCCGGCACAACCCUCAUCCACACCGGGUGAGGCAUAUUCAAGGACUCAAUGGCAGGCCAAUUUGCAUGGUACGAGAUGACUGGUGUGUCACCUCAUCUUUAUUUCCUCAUCCGCUUCUCAAGAGCCACGUCCUCAGGAAAUCACCCGGGCCUGCUUUUGCCUUCCCGCUGCUUCAAAACCUGCAUGGAGUCAGCGGAAACAAUAACAAAUCAGCACUGUUUUCAGAAGCCUGGAGGGAUGAACUUAAAGAACUCGUGGCGAAAGUCAAUCUGUCUUUUCGAGCACAAGUGGAUAAAAACGAGGACCAACCUGAGGAUGAAUUUGUGCGUCGAAAGACUCAAUAUUCAGCCGAUACUGGGAGAAUCAUCCCUCCAUCCAGCAAGUCUUACCUGCGCAAAUCUCAUUCCCAGCACCCAAAGUAUCCUCAACCCUUCCAGGAUCAAGAACUCACGGUUUUGGAGCUGCUCUGUCAGAUCCUGCAGACAGACUCGCUGUCCACAGUGCAGCAGUGGCUUCUGCUUGCAGGCCAAAGAGAGAAGGACCUUGUGAUGGGGAUGCUCAGACGAGCUCUGGAUGGCGUCGACCUCUCAGGCCGUCGUAACCAGCGAACCUUCCAGCAGCUCCAGGCUUUUCAUCCAGGUGCGUCUCCACCAGCGUACGGUCCAUCAUUUGACCAGCCGUGGAGAAAACCCCGGAGAGCGAGCUCAUACAAAGCCAAUCCGACUUCCGGUGAUGACAAACCAGAGAGGAUUGGAGAUGCAGAGGUCCUUGAAAUCCAUGCAGGACCUCAGGAUCAUCCUCAGGAUCCUCCACUUCAGAAUGCAUAAAGUUGCUUCUUUUUGGCUGUGUUGGUAGCUGCAGUAUGAUGGCGUUGUUUAUUGCUCCCAUGAUCACAGGUUAUCUUUAGCAUAUUUGGUUUAUACCGAUAUAUUUCUGUCUUCACAAGCCGGUUUAAUCAGAGGACUUCACCAGAUUGCUUUUCAUUUGCGCUUCAUUAACACCAUAUACUGUAGCUGUGAUAGUGUUGCCCCUUGCUACGUGUGAUGUCAUAUCAUCGAUCAGCUGUCUGACGUAGUCUGGCACCAUGUUCAUCAACAUUGUAUUAACUUUUGCUUGGUGUGAAUUAAAGUUUCAAACUGGAUUUUUUAAAAAUGAUUUUAUGCACCUAAACAUAAUCUAGUCAAACUAAAAAUGCCAAAAUCAAAGUAGAAAUACAUAUUGUAUUAUAACGUUGUUGACUUUUUUCCAGACAGAAAGUUAUAAGUUGCAAUACACAUAGAAUAGAAUAGAAUAGAAUAGAAUAGAAUAGAAUAGAAUAGAAUAGAAUAGAAUAGAAUAUUCUUUAUUGUCAUUAUAGAAUACAAUGUAUAACGAGAUUGCAGAUUAGCAACUCAGUGUCACUUUGGAUGCUAAAUAGUGCACCUGGAAUAGCAAACCUACCUUGCUAAAUGCACAUAAAUCUGCAGCAGGACAGAUGAUCUUAUUUCCUUUGAAAAAUAUAAAGUCCAAAAGUAUAAUUAAUAUGAGCAUAGUAUAGUAUAAGUAUAGACUUAUCUUGAGAAACGUGAGCUUGAAUUCAUGCAUAAAGCAUGGCACACAUUAGCAUAAUUUUGUAUAAUGGAGGAACCUUUUUCUUUUUCUUACUCUGUGUCCCUUCUGUUGUGGGUAAAAUGCUCUUCAGUAAUGCCUGUACAGUAUAGGAGCACAGCUGUGAACAGAAGUUUACAUACACUCUGAAAGACCAUGUAGAUCAUGACAGUCUAGAGUUUCCCAUGACUUCUACAACUCUUAAUUUUCUAUAAUGGAACGACUGGAAAACAUGCAUCUUUGUCACAGAAUGCAAUCAGGCAUUUUGAGGGUUUUUACUGAUUUGGCUAAGUCUGCUGAGUAAAAAAUAUACAUACAACAAUUCUAAUUUUUGGUUAAAUGUUCCUUUGGCAUUUUGUUUUUACUUCAAUUAGGUGUGUUUGGUAGCCAUCCACAAGCUGCUGGCGCAUACCUGGUUCUAUCUUUGACUACUCCUCUAGACAGAAUUGGUGCAGUUCAACUAAAUCUGUUGGCUUACCGACACAAACUCAUGACUCAUUUCUUCAGCACAGUUCAGAGAUUCUCAGCGGAGUUUAGGUCAGGACUUUGAGUGGGCCAGUCUAAAACCUUAUUACAGCCUUAUUUAGCCAUUUCUUUACCCAGCUUGUUGUGUGUUGGGAUCAUUGUCUAGUUUGAACAUCCAACUUAAUGAAAGACUCAAGCUUGACAUGAUUUUUAUUUUUUUCUUAAAACUGUAUAAAGCACCAGUUCCACUAGCAGCACAACAACCUCAGACCACAAUACUGCCACCACCAUGCUUGAUAAUAAGUUUAAUGUUCUUGGGGUUAAAUACUUCUUCUUCUCUUCUCCAAAGUUAUUUCUAGUGAUUGUGGCCAAAUAGCUCAAUUUUAGUUUCAUCUGAUCCCAGAUCUUUUCUUCAGAAGACAUUUUCUUUGUCUACAUGACCAGCAGCAACCCUCAUUUGAGCCUUUAAGUGUUGCAUCUAGAGCAAGAGUUUCCUUCUUGUAUGGCACCCUCUCAGUUCAUAGUGAUUUCAAACACACUUGACUGCAGAUAAACACCAAUGUUCCAGCAGCUUCUAAUUCAUUGCAGACCUGCUUUUUGGGAUUCUUGUUUGACUCUUGACCAUCCUGACCAGUUGUCUCGAGUGAUAGUUUGUGCUUUCUUUGUGAUCCUAGCAGUGACACAGUGUUAUACUUACAAACAACUGAUUGCAUAGUUGGUUUUCUAAUCUGAAACAUCUUUGAAGCAGCUCCAUGUGACUUUCCUCACUUGUUGAAGUCGGUGAUUUCUUGUUUCAUAUCUGUACUCUGCUCCUUAGACUUUGAGUAAAUCAAAAGGGCCCUAAUUAAGUUGACUCCAGGAAGCAGCUGUAGUCAAUCGUAAUCACUCAUGAGCAUUUAAUAGACCGUGGCACUUUGAAUUGAUCACCACGUCUUUCUGCAUCACUAGAACUCAAAUAGCUAUAUGUAUAUUUUUGACCCAGUUGAUGUUGUCAUAGUUACAGAAGACCUAUAAUAUACCUAUGAAAGAACCAAAAUGUACGAUUGUUGUUUGUGACAAAGAGGCAUGUGUUUCAAGGUCUUUACAAAUGUAUGUAAACGUCUGUUGGUGAAUAUCUAUGACAUUGCAGAUCAGGUUACAUUCAGCCAGAUGUUAUCAAGAUUAAACUGGCCUUAUCAUGUAGUAAUUGACUCAGAUUUCCAAAUCAGCACAUGGGUGGUCUAAUUACACAAUUCUACAGAAAAAUACCAUCACCUCAAUCUGUCAAAAUAUGAAACAUGCUGACAGAAGUAAACGUAGUAAAUAAUUACCUUGUGAUGGCACGGAAAAUCAGGCUAAAGAUGAUGACAGUCAGUUGCAUGUGAGAGCAAAUACAUGAGAGAAGUGUAACAGCAAUAAAGGAUGUAAACUGAA